AUGUCAUAUUACAGGGUUCUGAAGAUGUGUUAUAUUCAACAAAGACUCACACCGUUGCGAGCAUUUUCAACCUGCAUUCGUUUAGCCAUGGCUGAUGCACCCGUAGACAUCAGUGGAUGGCGAAAGAAAUAUUUGAAUGAAGAAGAACCAGAAGUGCUCGAGGAAAAUUUACCGACAAACGAUCCGCAUAAGCUUUUUGAUAUUUGGUUCAAGAAAAUAGCAGAACAGAAGGACACAACAUUCGAAGAACUGAAUUGCUGUGCUUUUUCUACUGUAGGAAAAAACAAUCGACCAUCAUCGAGAAUCGUCUUGUUAAAGUCCUAUAAGCCACCUGGAUUUUCAUUUUUUACAAAUUAUGAUAGUAGAAAGGGAAAAGAGCUUGAAGCGAAUCCCUACGCUUGUAUGCUGUUCUAUUGGGCUCGCCAAGUCAGACAGGUGCGCAUAGAAGGUAAAGUCGAAAAGUUGCCAGAACAGGAUGCUAUCGACUACUGGAAUUCUCGACCGCUAUCAAGUCGAAUAGGCUCGAAGAGUAGUGAGCAGAGCAGUGUGAUUCCUAAUAGACAAUUCCUCAAGGACAAACGAAAAGCACUGCAAGAAUUGGCGGAAAGAGAAGGUGAAAAAGCUAUCACCAAGCCUGACACAUGGGGUGGUUAUAUCCUCAUACCUGAUUACUACGAAUUUUGGCAAGGACAAAGCGAUCGUGUACAUGAUCGCUUGGAAUUUCGAAAGACCGACGUUGGAAAUGGCUGGGAAAUGCGGCGGCUUUCUCCAUAGAUUGUAGAGUUUCGAAUAGCUAUAGACUGAUUGUGAUUUUCAAUCAUAAUUGUUCAUAAUUUGUGACCAAAUAAAUAUUCUCCACUUAU